AUGCUGCCCCUCCUACGCCGCCCCCUCCCCCUCCGCACCCUUGCCUCAGUAGCGUUCGCCAGGCCCUCGUCAUCCCUCUCCCCUCUCGCCCUCAAGGCCGCAGAGGACGUGAACAAGUGGAAGGGUACCACCGCGAAUGGGGGCAAGACGAAGAACUAUAUUGGGGGAGAAUUUGUAGACAGCAAGGCUGACAAGUGGAUCGAAGUCAGGGACCCUUCCUCCCAGACCUUGAUCAAUACCGUCCCAGAGACGACCGCAGACGAGUUCAAACAGGCAGUCGAUGCAGCGUCUCAAGCCUUCAAGACAUGGUCGCAGACUAGUAUCAUGCGCCGCCAACGUGCCAUGUUUGAACUGCAACAUCUCAUCCGCCAGCACGCCCCCGAAAUCGCCAACUCUAUCGUCCUCGAGCAAGGUAAGACCUAUGCCGACGCUCUCGGUGACGUCGGUCGUGGUCUGCAGGUGGUUGAAACUGCUACCGCCAUCACCUCUACCCUUCUCGGUGACAAGCUCGAAGUCGCCAAAGACAUGGAUACCUACUCGCGCAGGCUGCCUUUGGGCGUGACGGCCGCAAUUACGCCGUUCAACUUUCCAGCGAUGAUUGUGCUUUGGUCCGCUGCGCUCGCGACGGUGACGGGGAACACGCUCAUUGUCAAACCGUCGGAGAGAGACCCGGGAGCGACCAUGAUCAUUGCAGAGCUUUGUGAGAGGGCUGGGCUUCCUCCCGGAGUCAUCAACGUUGUCCAUGGCUCUGCGCCCACAGUUAACAGAAUCUGCGACGACCCAGCCAUCAAAGCCAUCUCCUUCGUCGGCGGCGACAAGGCCGGUGAACACAUCUACAACCGCGCUAUCCCUCUCGGCAAGCGCGUACAAGCCAACUUGGGGGCAAAGAACCAUGCUAUCAUCAUGCCAGACGCGAACCAAAACUUGGCGCUCAACUCUGUUGCUGGCGCGGCUUUCGGUGCUGCCGGUCAGCGAUGUAUGGCACUCUCUAUAGCUAUCUUUGUCGGCACCGCACGAGAUAUGAUUCCAGACCUCGUCGAGCGUGCCAAGGGCAUGAAGGUCUCUGGCGGAUUUGAAGAGAACACCGACUUGCAAGAACAUAUCGAAUCCCUCAUCUCCUCUGUCGAAACCGAAGGCGGCAAGAUCCUCCUCGACGGCCGCGGAUACUCUGUGCCCGAGUAUCCUAAUGGAAACUUUGUGGGACCGACUAUUGUGGAGGCGGUCACUACCAUGCAGGCUUACAAGACGGAGAUUUUCGGACCAGUCUUGACUAUCGUGGCGGCUGAUACCUUGGACGACGCUAUCGCCAUCAUCAACGAGAACAAAUACGGUAACGGCGCCUCCAUCUUCACCAACUCUGGCGCUACCGCCCGCAAAUUCGAGAUCGAAGCCCAGCCCGGCCAGAUCGGCAUCAACGUCGCCAUCCCCGUUCCUCUCCCCAUGUUCAACUGGUCCGGAAACAAGGGGUCGUUCAAGGGAGAUAUCUCAUUCUACGGCAAGUCUGGUCUGGACUUUUACACGCAGAGAAAGACGACGACGAGUUUGUGGCCAGAGGCGGAUGCUAUUGGAAACAGGGCGAGUGGGAACAUGCCUCAGAUUCAUUGA